AUGAAGAGAUUGAUAUUUCAAGAAGUCAAGACUCAGCUCAACAAUAAUUUUCAGAUAAAGGAUCUAGGUCCUUUAAAGUACUUCCUUGGUUUGGAAGUGGCUAGACAAAAGAAAGGCAUUGCUGUGUACCAAAGAAAAUAUGCAUUGGAGUUACUUGAUGAUACAGGAUUUCUAAAUGCAAAACUUGUGUACAGCCCCACAGUUCCCUCACAUAAACUAAGUAAAGAUGGGAGUAAACCCCUUGAAGAAAAUGGUCAAUACAGGAAAAUAGUUGGAAAACUUCUCUAUCUAACAAUCACUAGACCUGAUAUCAGUUUUGCUACACAACAACUUUCCUAG